AUGACCAAGAUUACGAGCUUUAUGCGCGUGACUAAGCAGCCCACGGCGCACGGGAAGAAGGUGGACUCCGACGAAGAGUCGGGCGACCACGUUCCUACCUUUAUCUACCAGACGGUCAAGUACAAACGCAAGCAUGAAAAGCACGAGGUGUCCAAGGAGAUGAAGACGAUCAAGUACUACGACGUGCCAAAGGACCUUGAGACGAAUGCCAAGUUUGGCUGCCACAGCGGGCUAACGUACGAGAAGCGGCUGGCGAGAGCGUACUCGCUGGGUCAACUCUCGCCCAAGCGUGGGAAGAAGACUGAAGCAGCACCAAAGCCGAUCUGCUUGACGUGUGCUGCAAUUGGCCACACGCGCAAGACCUGUCCUGAUGGCUUCUGA